AUGAAUAUUAUCUACGCCCCCUGCACAUCAAGAAAUGCGUCGCAGUCGCUGCCGUCGCGCCACAAUGUCGUUUUGAUUAUCUUCGAUGAUUUGCGCCCCACGUUGGGCGCCUAUGGCGAUCGCUUAGCACAAACGCCGCACCUGGACGCUUUUGCACAGGGCAGCAGCAUAUUUACACGGGCAUAUAGCCAGCAAGCAUUAUGCGCACCGAGUCGUAAUUCUCUGCUUACGGGACGGCGUCCAGAUACUUUGCAUCUCUAUGAUUUUUACAGCUAUUGGCGCACUUUUGUCGGCAACUUUACAACGCUGCCACAGUACUUUAAGGAGCAUGGCUACUAUACCUAUAGCUGUGGCAAGAUCUUUCAUCCGGGUAUAUCUUCAAACAACACGGAUGACUACCCGCUCAGUUGGUCAGCACCUCCAUUUCGUCCGCGCACCGAACAGUACAUGAACUCACCCGUUUGCCCCGAUAGAUGGGGUGUAUUGCGAAAAAACCUUAUAUGUCCGGUGCAUUUGCAAACGCAACCCUAUAAAACUCUUCCGGACAUUGAAUCUGUGACAGAGGCUCUGCGAUUUGUGCAGUCCCGAGCGAAAAGUCGUCGUCCAUAUUUCUUGGCGCUGGGAUUUCACAAACCUCAUAUUAAUUUUCGGUUUCCGCGACAGUUCUUGGCACAUUUUCCGCUCUCAAAAUUCUACAAUUACACCGACGAUACUUUGAAGCCCCCGGACAUGCCGGCAGUUGCAUGGAAUCCCUAUACGGAUGUACGAGCUCGUGAUGAUUUCAAAUAUGCAAACAUCUCCUUUCCCUACGGGCCCAUUUCGACGCAUCAGGCAGCACAAAUCCGCCAGGCCUACUACGCUGCGGUUGCCUACGUCGAUGAUUUGUUUGGCAAAUUCAUCGCUGGCCUAGAUCUGCAGAGCACUGUGGUCGUGGUGCUCGGCGAUCAUGGCUGGUCCCUCGGCGAGCAUGCGGAAUGGGCCAAAUACAGCAACUUCGAGGUGGCUCUACGUGUGCCCCUAAUAAUACGCAGUCCAGAAUUCCCGCUGGAGCAAGCGAAACGCUUAUACGGCAUAACGGAAUUGUUGGAUGUAUUUCCCACGCUGGUGGAUUUGGCACACCUGCCGGCAUUGCCAACUUGUAAUCGCACUAAGAUGCCGCCUCAGUUAACAUGCUCUGAGGGUAAAAGCUUGUAUCCACAGAUGCAGGGCGUAGGUUUGGCUACCCAACAUGUGGCUCUCAGUCAAUAUCCACGCCCCGGUUUGUUGCCCACUAAGCAUCCCAACAGUGAUAAACCUAAGCUUCAUAAUAUCAAGGUAAUGGGCUAUAGUCUGCGCACCGAUCUCUAUCGCUAUACGCUGUGGGUGCGUUUUUUUGCACAGAAUUUCACUUGUGAUUGGAACGAAGUUUAUGGCGAGGAAUUAUAUGAUCAUCGAUUAGAUGCCGGUGAAGAAAUGAAUCUGGCUUCCUUGUCAGAUUUCGAUGAAGUACGAAUGCGCCUGCGCCGACGUCUGCUGCAGGCCGUGGGCAGCUAGCGGUCUAGUCUACCUUUUUUACACCGCUCUUCAUUAUUUGUAAUAAGAAAUGUAUCGAAGACAAGACAAAGUAAGAGAGUCUUCAGCAAAUGGGAGAAUAAAUUCUACACUAAAACAAAUUUCAGGACAAAACCGUGAAAAUUAAACUGAAAUCUUCAAUUAGGGAGCGUUUGCCUUUUUGUGUUUCAUGUUCGUAGCACACUAUUUGGGGGUUCUAGGUCCAUUUAGGAACAACGAGGCUGUCUUUAUUUUAA